UCCGUGGUGAAGCGAGGGAGUAAAGUUCAGGUCGUUCAGGAGGAGAGAGAGAUCACCGUGCUGCCGCAGAGGAAGACAGACGAUCUGGACGACCCUGCUGAGAUGAAGAUGGCGUCGGACUCGUCCUCCUGCUGCUCGCCCUGCGUCCGGCUGAAGGACACGUGUCCUCGUCCUCAGGGACUCUUCAGCCUGACGGUCACUAAAGUGUGUCUGUUCGCCCUGCUGUUCGGAGUCGUCUGGUCCAUCACAGGAAGUGAGUGUUUACCUGGGGGGAACCUGUUCGGCAUCGUCAUCCUCUUCAUCUGCUCCGUGCUCGGAGGGAAACUGGUGGGAAUGAUCCAACUGCCCACGCUGCCCCCCUUCCCCCCACUACUUGGUAUGCUGUUAGCAGGUCUGGUUCUGCGUAACGUUCCCUACAUAACGGACGCCGUCUUCAUCAACACUCACUGGUCUUCAGCUCUGAGGAACAUCGCCCUGUCAAUCAUCCUGACCAGAGCCGGGCUGGGCCUCGACCCCUCGGCGUUGAGUCGUCUGAAGGCGGUGUGUGUGCGUGUUGCGAUCGGACCAUGCGUGGUAGAGGCCUGCAUCGUUGCCGUGGUUUCUCACUUCCUGCUGGGUCUGCCCUGGGUCUGGGGCUUCAUCCUGGGCUUCGUCCUGGCUGCUGUGUCUCCGGCGGUCGUCGUCCCCUCGAUGCUGCUCCUGCAGAGAGAGGGCUUCGGGGUGGAGAAGGGGAUACCCACUCUGCUGAUGGCUGCUGGGAGUUUUGAUGAUAUUUUGGCCAUAACAGGGUUCUCUACCUGUCUGGGAAUCGCCUUCUCUACAGGUUCUACGUGGAUGAACAUACUGAAGGGUCUCCUGGAGGUGGUGGGCGGAGUCAUAGCCGGGCUGAUCCUGGGUCUGUUCUUAUGCUGCUUCCCCAGCAAAGACCAGGAGGACCUGGUGUUGACGAGGACUCUUAUGCUGUUGGGUCUGUCCGUGUUUUCGGUCUUUUUCAGUCAUGUUAUUGGCUUUGCCGGAGCUGGUGGCCUCUGUACGCUGGUGCUGGCCUUCCUGGCUGCUCUCGGCUGGAAAACCGACAAGGCCCCGGUGGCAGCCAUGGUGGGUCGGUCAUGGGAUGUGUUCCAGCCUCUUCUGUUUGGUCUGAUUGGAGCAGAGAUCACCAUAGCAACCCUCAGCCCCAGCACCGUGGGUCUGGGUCUGGCCUGUAUCGGCACCGGUCUGGUGAUCCGUCUGCUCGUCACCUUCCUGCUGGUUCAUUUUGGAGGAUUCAACCUGAAGGAGAAACUCUUCAUCGCUGUGGCCUGGCUGCCUAAAGCCACCGUACAGGCUGCCAUCGGCUCGAAGGCGUUGGACAUGGCGAGGGAGGAGGGGGACGAGGCCUUAAUAAAGUUCGGGUUGGAUGUGCUAACGUUAGCCGUGUUAGCCAUUCUGACCACAGCUCCCAUCGGAGCGCUGGGUAUCGGACUGGCAGGGCCCCGCCUCCUGGCCCGGCAGGUCAAAGCAGAUGAAACAGAAGGUGGAACCACGCCUCCAAGCAGCAACGGGAUUGGUCAAGAAAAAGACAACGUGACCCUUGAGAGCAAGCUAUGAGGCCUCUGAUUGGACAAACUUAAGCACUCCUUACGUACACUCUUUAGAUCACAAACUGUAUGUAGCCUCAAACAAUUUAUAUAUAUAUAUAUCGCUGUAUGUUUCUUUCAUGCUAUGACAUGCUAAUACUAGCUUUUUGCUAGCUACUGUCACUAACCACGUGAUCAACUGUUGUUCUCUGGUGCACGACAGGACGAUUAAUACGAUUGAUUUCAUUUGAUCGUACGAUUACAGAACUCCUUUAUAACAGUUUAAAGUUAGAUACAAGAGUUAUAUUUAAAGUUAUUGUUUAUGAAAAUCAUAUUCCAAAAGUUUUGAGUAAGUAAAAAACUUUGAAACUUGAGAUGUUUAUAUUAUUAGUUUAUAAAAAGGUCAAAAUUAAGAUUUAGUAAUUCAACUAUUACUAUUACCAUCCAAAUUACAAUAUGUACUAUAUAAACAAUGAUUAUCAUAAUUUACUGUUAAUAUUAAAACAUGGCGAUAUAUGAAGUUAAACAUUUGAAUUUUGACUCAAAGUUUGGACGAGUAUUGUUAUUUUUAUUAUUCCUUACAUUACAUGUUAUUUUCUUGGUUUCCAUAAAGAAAUAUGAGAUCACAUUAAAAAUAUGAGGACACGG